UAACAUAUAUUAAAUAAAAUAUUAGAGCUACAAAAAAAAAACAUAAAUGUUAUCAUAAUUUAAUAAAGAAUGAAAAAAAACCUAAGUCGCGUUAAGUUCACGCUCCAAAUUGAGCCAUUCUUAUUCAAAGUUCAAACUAUUGGCCUCUCUAGUUCUUCCUCAUAUCAAGAAAUCAAUAUUAAAAAAAAAAACAGAAAAGAAAUUCAACUAAUUAUUAUUAAAAAGCUUUAUAUUUAAGCUUUUCGUGUGAGAGAAAUGACUGCGUUUUGAGUCUUGUCUCCUCUCUCACUUCUCUCUUCUCCUUCUUUCUCUCUUCUCUUCCCUUUCUCUGCACUCGAUCCCUUCUUCUUGUUCUUCUUCCUCUUUUCAUUUUCAUAAAAUCUGUUUUUUUUAAUCCACAAAAAAGAAAAAAAAAAAACUCUCUAUUCUAAUCUUCCCACUACUUCCAUAAAAUAAACCUUUAAAAAAAUCAGAAAAAUAAAAACAGAUUUUAUUUAUCUGGGCUAAGCUUCUUUUUUAUUAUAUAUACAGAAAAAAAAAAGAUUAUAAUUAAUAUAUCUUAUUUCCUUGUUUUCUGUUUUGUCUCUCCUUUCUUUUUCUUUUUUUAUGUGCCCAUGGCUGGUUUGGAUUUAGGCACGGCUUCUCGCUACGUUCACCAACAUCAUAAUAAUCAACUCCAAAGGCAUGACUUGCACCUCCAAAGAGGAGAGCCACACCAAAACGACAACGAUGAUGGUCAAUUCUCUGGCGACCACCAAGACGACGGCGGAAGCGGCGGAGGGCUCGAGCUCAUCACUGGAAACCCAGGUGACUUAGUGGGCAGGCGGCCAAGAGGGCGGCCUCCUGGAUCCAAGAACAAGCCCAAACCGCCGGUGAUCAUAACCCGGGAGAGUGCCAACACCCUCCGGGCCCACAUCUUGGAGGUCAGCAACGGCUGCGAUGUCUUUGACUGCGUCGCCACCUACGCCCGACGCCGCCAAAGAGGGAUCUGUAUCUUGAGCGGAAGUGGGACUGUCACCAAUGUUAGCCUACGGCAGCCGGCAGCUGCCGGAGCUGUCGUAACACUCCACGGGAGAUUCGAGAUACUGUCGCUAUCUGGUUCGUUCCUACCGCCGCCGGCUCCACCUGGCGCAACUAGUCUGACUAUAUUCUUGGCCGGUGGGCAAGGACAGGUCGUCGGCGGGAACGUGGUUGGGGAGCUUACCGCAGCGGGGCCGGUCAUCGUCAUCGCUUCCUCGUUUACGAACGUGGCUUACGAGCGGCUGCCGUUAGACGAGGAGGCCGAGGCGCAGCUCCAAAUGCAGACGCCGGCACCUCAAGGAUCAGGAGGUAACAGCGGAGGAGGAGGGGUUUCCGGGAACAACCCUUUUCCGGACCCGUCUUCGGGGCUUCCUUUCUUCAAUUUGCCGCUCAAUAUGCAAAACGUUCAGUUGCCGGUGGAUGGAUGGGCUGGGAACUCAGGCGGUCGUACGACUCCGUUUUGAAUUAAUUGGUGAUGAAGGUGUUAUGUAGAUGGGAUUUGAGAAUGUGUGACUGGCCGAUUUGCAUCGGAUGAUGACGAUGGUGAGGAGGAUUAUGAGAUGGGUCUAUAUCUAUAUAUGGGGAUGAUAUGCAUAUGGCUUCUUAAUAUUAAGAAAAAAAGGUCAGAAAAUAUUCGUAUGUAGUAUUAUAUAUCAUCGUCAUAUGAUACGGCCAUGUUAAUUUCUUUCUUUUCUUUCUGAUAUUACUCUGUUGAUGUUGUAGUUCUCUCUUAUUUCUCUUUUUUUUUUUUUUUUUUUUCCCUUCUUUAAUCAGCUUUUGGUCUUUAAUUAGAUUCUUGAAAUACAUGUUCAUGGUUGAAAUCAAA